UUUAGAUUCAUUUGAUUAAUUUGAUGUGAGAGCGCACUUUUCAACCAUUCUACAUAUUUUAUGAUUAAAUUGGCACCUAGUAGGCGGCUAGAUGCGCUCAACACUUUGUUCUCGCUGCAGGCCCCUAGCCGGCCUUACGCGAAAACAGGUUCUGCGCUCAGCUGCACAACGGCAAAUCCGCUGUGAAUCCACCAGCAGUGAUGUCAGCCUUGGCCAAGAACAGCCGGUGGCAGAAGCACCCAAGAAGAAGCGAAAUAUCGUCUUCUCGGGAAUCCAGCCGACGGGCAUACCUCAUCUAGGGAACUACCUAGGCGCACUAAGGCAAUGGAAGAAGCUGCAGGAUGAUGUCCAGAGCUCGGGGUCCGGAGACAAGCUGCUGUUCUCCAUCGUGGACUUACACGCUAUCACCAUGCCUCAGGACGCUCCCGUGCUACGCUUGCGUCGCCGCGAGAUGCUGGCUGUGCUGCUAGCCAUUGGCUUGGACCCAGAGAAGGGGUCUACGAUAUUCUUCCAGAGCUCCAUCCCCCAGCACACUGAGCUCAUGUGGAUUCUUAGCUGCACGGCGUCCAUGGGGUAUCUAAGCCGGAUGACUCAGUGGAAGAGCAAACUCACGAUGGAGAACAAGCAAGCUGGAAUCAACGAUGAAGCGAUGAACAGGCUCAAGCUAGGCCUAUUCUCGUAUCCCGUUCUCCAGGCCGCCGACAUCCUGGUGCACCGGGCGACUCACGUCCCCGUGGGCGAAGACCAGCGGCAGCAUCUCGAGUUUGCGCGGGAGUGCGCCACCAAUUUCAACCAUAACUUUAAGGAUAUUCUGAUUCCCCCAGAGACCAUGACUACUACCUUCGCAACCCGCGUAAUGUCCCUCACGAACCCCCGGAACAAAAUGUCCAAAUCAACCCCCAACCACCGCUCCCGCAUCCUCAUCACCGCGUCCCCCUCCCAGAUCCGCUCCCGCAUCGUCGGCGCCAUAACCGACAACCAGUUCACCGUGUCCUACGACCCCGAAGCCCGCCCGGGAGUCGCCAACCUGCUGGAGCUGCUGUCGCAGUGUGGCGGGUACUCUGCCUCUGCUUCGGAUUCGGCUUCGGCUUCGUCGUAUGCGCCGUUGAUCGACGAGGGGGCAGAAGGGGUAAGGGUAGACGAUGGCGAUGGUGGAAGAGGAGAAGGAGAAGGAGAGGGGGGAGGGGGAGCAGACGGAAGCAAAGGCCCCCGCUACAUCCUCCCGUGGAAGCUGGCGGAGCAGUACGUGGGCAAAACCCUCAAGGACCUGAAGCACGACGUCGCGAACGCGGUAUGUAGCGAGCUGGACGGCGUGGCGGACCGGUUUGAUGAUUACCUCCACCGCAAGGGGGGCAAGUGGCUCGAUGAGAUUGCGGCGGAGGGCGCCGAGGUGGCGCGCGCGAAUGCGGAGGCCACGAUGCGCCAGGUGCGGUAUGCGGUUGGUUUGUCGUCGAAGCCUAGGUAGGGUGGGUAGAUGAUAGAUGGUUGUUGAUAGAUCAUAAAAGCAUAUAACAGUCACAAUGCAUAGGUAGACGCAUAAAGCAUAU